AUUUAAAAACAAAUAUGUGUGAGGUUAAGACAAUUAUUUUUAAAAAUAACAAAGAUAAUAAAAAUCAAUUAUACGAGAAUCGUACAUUUUUCAUCAUGCAAGAAUAACAUUAAUAAUGGAAAUAAAAAAAAUAUGCUUGAGAGAUUGAUUCUAAUAAUAAAAUAACACUUUCUCCUGGCCCCAAUUUUUGUUACAAAGAGAAAACUAUAUUUAUCUAUCAUUAGAUGAAGAUUAUCAACAUAGUGUCACAAGUGUAUACUCUGCUGUCAAGUUUCCGGCAUGAUACUUUAGAAACAGAGAUCUGCAAAACAAAAUAAAACAAAAAUGAAUUACAUUCUCCUUGGCUUUUCUUUAGCUUCAACCCUGAUGAUACUCUUCUCCAAUAUAGUAAACUUGUUCGAAGAAAACUUGCCAACCGUAUUUUCACAAGCUCUUAGAUAUGGCAAGUUUGCUAGCAAAGAAAAGAGUAAACGUUUUUCAAAAUUUCUCAUAGAGAUUCCUAAAGCAUGUUUCAAGCAUUUUUAUGUGGUGGCUCUGAACUGCUACGCUGUGGUAUUCGCCAUGGUUACUGCUGUAUACCUGUUGAAGUAUGAAGUUCCAUGGUUUGUCAUAGAGCUGAUAGAUCUGGUGGGUGGACAAGAAAGAGUUUCUUUUGUUACACCAACUCAAACUUAUGUAGUAGUUUGUCUGAUGUCACUGCAAGUAAUAAGACGAUUUUAUGAUACACACUUCGUUUCAAUUUUUGGCAAACAUAGUUAUAUCAACAUUCCUCAAUACCUUGUUGGGAUUGUCUAUUAUCCAGCAACGGCACUUGCCAUUUUAUGCGAAGCACCGAAAUUUGCAUAUGUUUCUCCAUACGAGUUUGAAAACGUAGAUAUUUCAACCCUUACAUAUAUAGAGAAACUGUCUGUACUUCUAUUCUUGUGGGCCUGGUGGCAUCAGUACAAAGCCACUGAAAUUUUGGCCAAAUUAAGAAAAAAUAAAUCGGGACAAAUUAUAACUAGUGACCACAAAUUACCACGAGGUGACUGGUUCGAAUACAUAUCAAGUCCUCUACAGGCAGCUGAAAUCGUAAUGUAUACAGCGCUAACAAUAAUUUUAAGAUACAAUAUCACAUGGUUCUUCGUUUAUGCAUGGGUGAUUGUAAAUCAGGUUGAAACAAUGCUGUUGUCUCACUGGUGGUACCAAGAAACUUUUAAAGAUUUACCAAAGAAAAGAAAGGCUGUUAUUCCAUUUGUUUAUUAAGUUUUUUACAUACUAAAUAUAUAUUGAAUUGUUUUAUA